AAAAGUAUAAUUUUUGUUUUUACCCUCAGCCAAUCAGCAAGGCUCCCAAAAGAAGGGGAAACCAUCCAUGGUCACAACUUCUUCAUUGGCUUUGGAGGAAAAGGGGCCAACCAGUGCGUACAAGCUGCAAGACUAGGGGCCAAAACCGCAAUGGUCGCCAAGGUUGGUAACGACUCCUUUGGAGACAGUUAUAUCCAGAAUUUCAAGGACAAUGGCGUGUACACAGGUUUUGUUGGACAGACCUCCGAAGCAGCCACCGGCGUUGCCUCCAUCAUUGUCAACGAUGCAGGUGAGAAUGCCAUUGUGAUUGUGGCUGGUGCCAACAUGAUGCUGAACAAGGAGGAGCUUCAGGAUGCUCUUGCAGCCAUCACUUCUGCAAAAGUACUGGUUUGCCAGCUUGAGAUUUCCCCCCAAAUGUCUUUGCGGGCAUUACGCAUGGCUCAAGAGAACAAAGUUACGACAAUAUUCAACCCGGCGCCAGCUAUCCCUGACUUGGAUCCUGAUUUCUAUCGACUCUCUGAUGUGUUUUGCUGCAAUGAGUCUGAGGCUGAGCUGCUGACAGGUUCAUCAGUAAAUAACGUGGAGGAGGCACGUUGUGCCAGCCGGGAGCUGCUGAGGCGAGGAUGCGGCGCAGUUAUUAUCACCUUGGGAGCCCAGGGAUGUGUGGUGCUGGAGGCGCCCGAGUCGACCUCCAAACAUGUUCCAACUACGCCUGUCUCUGCAGUGGACACCACAGGUGCUGGAGACAGCUUCAUUGGAGCCCUCGCAUAUUACGUGGCUCAUUAUCCCGCAAUGCGAUUGGAGGAGGUGGCCCGGAGAGCAGGUCAAGUGGCAGCAGUGAGCGUGCAGUCCAUGGGCGCGCAGUCUUCGUACCCACACAAACGGGACUUAGGGGCUGAACUCUUCUGAGAGCAGUUAAAUCUAUUCCCAUGGGUCUCACUGGACACAUGAACUUGCCUUUUUUUUUUUAAUUGAUGUGAUGCUUUCGAGCAAUCCGAACAACCAAUGAAAGACUAUGUUGACUUAAUUAAAUGUACCAAGAAGCAAGCUGAAAUGAUGCACACAAAGCAUUUAUUCAGUGAAAAGGACGUGGAAUAGCACUUGAUGGUCAUUUUAUGACAGACACAACUGACAAGGAAAAUAAUUGUCCUUUUCGAUUAAUUAUUCAAGUUGUGGUUGAUGUCAUAAAAAUGA